UUUUCUUUAAACCGGAAAAGAGGCGGGGACAGCAGUAACGUUAGCAACCACGCUGAGCGACAGGGACGGUUAUCGUUAAUGUGAAGAAAGGACUGCACUCUAAUAUGUUUCUCUAAGUACAGACUGAGUUUAUGUUGCAGACCGGGAGUACCAUCCGAUCCAACUGAGAAGCGGCGUCCCUUGGUACCGAGCAGACCAGUGGGUGAGCAAUGCCGCCGGUGUCCAGCUGUGACUGCCCCCACCUGGACUGCGUGGGUGAGAUCACCAAGGAAGAACUUAUUAAAAAAUCUCAUGGCCAGUGCCAAGACUGUAAAGUUGGUGGACCAAAUUUGUGGGCCUGUUUGGAGAAUGGAUGCGCCUACGUGGGUUGUGGAGAAUCUCACGCUGACCACAGCACUGUUCACUCGCAGGACACGAGACACAACCUCACGGUGAACCUGACCACGCUUCGUGUGUGGUGCUACGCCUGUGGCAAGGAAGUUUUCCUGGAGCGUAAACUAGGUCCUCACUCACCCCACGGCAACAGCAAACCCCUCCCCUUGCCGCAGAACGUGGGUCAGGAUGGCAACAAGGCCCCUGGGAGUCCUACCUCCCUGAGAGUGCCCUCUAAUGGUGGCUGUGAAGACAUAGACAUGGAGACGGAAGAGGAAGACGAAAUACGUGCCAGAGGCCUGACAGGACUGAAGAAUAUAGGCAACACCUGCUACAUGAACGCUGCCCUCCAGGCCCUGUCCAACUGCCCACCCCUGACACAGUUUUUUCUAGAAUGUGGUGGCCUGGUGAGGACAGACAAGAAGCCCGCUCUCUGCAAAAGCUACCAGAAGCUGGUGUCAGACCUGUGGCACAAGAACAGACCUUCCUAUGUGGUCCCAACCAACUUGUUCCAGGGGAUCAAAGCCAUAAACCCCAUGUUUAGAGGAUACGCUCAGCAGGAUUCCCAGGAGUUUCUGCGCUGCUUAAUGGAUCAGCUUCAUGAAGAGCUGAAGGAACAGCUACCCGAGCCCUGCGACCAGUCCCACGGCAUCGCAAUGGACGACAGUCCCGAGGAGGACAACCAUAGCCAGUCGGACAACGACUUCCAGUCAUGCGAGUCCUGCGGUAGCAGCGAGAGGGCCGAAAAUGAAGUGCAGGGUGGGAAUGCGUUGAUAGAUGACACCAACGAAGCAGAGAUGCUGAUUCCCGAGCAAGAUGAGAUUCAGGCCAAUAGGGAGUGGCAGAAGGAGAAGAACAUGAUUAAUGACCUGUAUCGCUCCGGGACUAAUGGCAUUACGGGUGGAAGCACUGGAGUGGACAUCGACAAAGAUGUUGAUACCACUACAGAGACCACGCCUAUUAUUAGCAGCCAGGGAGCCAUCAAGGUUCAAGGCAGAGCGUCAGAUUGCUUUCCAGAUAUCCAAAUGUCAAACACCACAAGACCACAAAGUCCAGUCCCCAUGGAGGGGCACAUUCCCAAAAUGUCCAGCAGUCCACCCAAAGCUGCCUCUGGCUGGCCCAGUCUGAACCCGGCACACAAGAAAGCAGUGACCACAUUCUCUCCGCCAAAGAACAAGCGCCAGAAGAAAUAUCGCAGCAUCAUCUCAGACGUGUUCGACGGAACCAUUGUCAGCUCAGUACAGUGCCUCACCUGUGAUCGGGUGUCUGUGACCCUGGAGAACUUCCAGGAUAUCUCGUUGCCCAUUCCAGGGAAGGAAGACCUAGCCAAGCUCCACUCAUCCACCCACCAAACCUCCCUGGUAAAAGCUGGCUCCUGUGGGGAAGCUUAUGCACCACAGGGGUGGAUAGCAUUUGUCAUGGAGUACAUCAAGAGUUGGUUCUGGGGUCCAGUGGUUACACUACAAGACUGCCUUGCAGCUUUCUUUGCCAGAGAUGAGCUAAAGGGAGAUAAUAUGUACAGUUGUGAAAAAUGCAAGAAAUUACGAAAUGGAGUCAAAUUUUGUAAAAUGCAAAGUUUGCCAGAGAUCCUGUGUAUUCACUUGAAGCGCUUUAGACACGAACUGAUGUUCUCCACCAAGAUAAGCACCCAUGUGUCAUUCCCCCUCGAGGGCCUGGACUUGCAGCCUUUCUUGGCCAAAGACAGCUCCGCCCAGACCACCAGCUACGACCUGCUGUCAGUCAUCUGUCAUCACGGCACUGCCAGCAAUGGCCACUACAUAGCCUAUUGCAGGAAUGAUGUGAACAAUCUGUGGUAUGAAUUUGACGACCAAAGUGUGACUGAGGUGUCUGAAGCCUGUGUCCAGAAUGCUGAAGCUUACGUGCUCUUUUAUAAAAAGAGCAAUGAGGAUGCAGUGAAAGAACGUAGGAGGGUGUCGGGCUUAUUCAACAUGAUGGAGCCCAGCCUUCUGCAGUUCUACAUCUCCCGCCAGUGGCUUAACAAGUUCAAGACGUUCGCCGAGCCAGGGCCCAUUUCCAAUGAUGACUUCCUGUGUUUGCAUGGAGGUGUGCCGCCCAACAAAGCCACAUUCAUCGAUGACCUGGUAGUGAUGCUGCCACAGAACGUGUGGGAUCACCUUUACAGCAGGUACGGAGGGGGACCGGCUGUCAACCACCUGUAUGUCUGCCACACGUGCCAGACUGAGAUAGAAAAGCUGGAGAAAAGGCGUAAGCAAGAGCUGGACAUGUUUGUCAGGCUGAACAAGGCGUUCCAGGAGGAGGAGUCUCCAGUGGUCAUAUACUGCAUCAGCAUGCAGUGGUUUCGUGAGUGGGAGGGCUUUGUCAAAGGAAAAGACAAUGACCCACCGGGACCUAUCGACAAUUCAAAGAUAACAGUAAACAAGAACGGCCAUUUAACACUCAAACAAGGAGCAGAUUCAGGACAGAUCUCUGAGGAAACGUGGAACUUCCUCCACUCCAUCUACGGUGGUGGUCCGCUGCUGACGGUUCGACCGAACAUCAGCCACCAGGAAGUAGAGUCGUCGCAAUCAGAGGAGAAGAUCGAGGUGGAGACUCGCUCCGUUUAAUCAAGCACUUGACAAUACACCACAACAACAUCGAAAACGUUUAAGAAAUGGAAAGCCUUUUAUUUUGCACUUGACUUUUUGUUUCAAAAGCAUCCAAGCAAAGGACCUCAUCUUUACUCCUGCGUGACAGCCUUUGACAGAGGGAAUGAACUGAAAAGGGUCGUCAUGUUGUACAAAUCUGUAUAAAAAGCUCUUAAAUUUCUAUUAGCACUGUAGUACUCAUGUUUCAGGUUUUCAGAACCAAGCAUUUAAAAUAUGUGCAGCUAAAAGAAAUUCCACUGAAUGCCAUAUUGGUUUUUUUUUUUUUUUUUCUUCUUUGACCAAAUGAGCACAUAUUCUAUGUCCAUGUGUCUUGUGUUGCCGAUACUGAUGAAUCACAAUACAUCUUGCUGUAGAUAUAUCACAUAUUUUUUAUUUCCUGUUGUAUUAUUCACUAAAUGACAAGGAAAGCAAAAUGUGACACUUGGGCUAUGAAGGGACUAAUUGCUGACUAGUCUCAGGAAUGAAUUUUGUGUUUUGCACUGUUCUGUAGAAGUACAAAUUGGCAUGCUCACACAGAUGUCUGGUUUGUAUUUGAAUGUACCAGUACUAAUAGUAUGUUGGUCAAGACUCAGCACUUGGUUAUUUAUAACAGAAGGGAGUGAUUUAACAUGAUGUCAAUAGAUUAUUAUUAUCGUUUUUUUUUUUUUUUUUGAAACGUGGCAGGCAGACUUUUUAAGAAUGCAUGCUCCGAACAUUAAAAUCCUAGUUGAACAUCACAUGUAAGUGCAUGUAAAUGCAAAGCUGCUCAUGAUAUGUGCACGCAAAUCCAGAUCGGUCUUCACUAAAACUGUACAGCUGCAGAAAGCACAUUGUAGUAAUGUAAUCAGCAUCAUAAUGAGCAAUCUGAUUCAUUAAAGGCAUUAUUUUUGUGUAUGGGCAUAGUGUUGCUUAAAUGUGUUGGCUGAUUAGGGAGUCAACAAAAUGCUGUACUCUAAGUUUUUGCAUAUGAGUAAGAUCUAUUCUGAUUUUUGCUGGCUGACACUAUUAAAACUUGAUGAAAACAUGUUGAA